ACGUGAUCUUUCGUUGUCCAAUCACGUGGCCCGAAACAAUGUGUCCAGUUUGAAAACCGAACGUGCCUCCCUGUUUAACAACUUUAUUAGGAAGUAAAUGCGAAGAAGUUUGAUGGACACGAAACCGGUGUUUUAAUGUAAUGUAGUUUAAUAAGUUGUUCAUUAUAUCGACAGGACUAAAAAUGGAUGGGAAUAUGAUCGGCCCCGGUCCGUACAGGGCAACAAAGUUGUGGAAUGAAACCAUCAAGCUUUUCCGUGGAGGGAUGCCACUGAGAAAACACUGGGCUCAUUUCCGGAGUUAUGAUAACAGCUUCACCGGCUCAGAGGCUGUUGAUUAUCUCCACGAACUGCUGAAGCGUAACCAGAACUUUGGGCCUGAGGUGACCCGCUAUCAGUCUCUACAGCUUCUGAGGAAGUUCCUUAAGAACCAUGUGAUCGAAGAUGUCAAAGGACGCUUUGGUAAAGAAGACUUUGACGACAACGGACGUUUAUACAGAUUUCCUCCACAGUCACCCCUCAAGCCCGUCCCUCAGCGUAGGCCUUUGGCGCAGAGAGACUUUGUUCCGCAGACACUACGAUGGGAUGACUGUGACGACUCACGAGUGCCCUCAACGAUACCCAUGAAGCCACUUGUUUUGAAUUCUGAGACAUGGAACAAGAGGCACAGUAUUGCUAUAGGGGAAGUUCCUGAGUGCAAGCUGGUUCGGAGGAGAGACAUCACGCCAAAGCAUGAGGACCAGAUAUGGAAGUCAAUGACUCUGAACCAUUUACAGAGCGUUCUGGGGCUCCAGUCUUUAGACGGUGUUCUCAAUGCCAAGCUCUUGAGUCCCAAGCACAUUGUCUACAACAUAUUUAGUGUCAACAAACAGGGCAUCGUUGUUCUGAAGAACAAAGCAGAGGACCUUCCUCACUGGGUUAUAUCUGCAAUGAAAUGCCUGGCAAAUUGGCCGAACGGAAAUGAGAGAAAUCAGCCCAUGUAUUCCGGCUUUGAGCGAGACGUUUUUCGAACAGUAGCCGAACACUUCCAGAGAUUGAAGGAGCCACUGAUGACAUUCCAGCUAUAUGAAAUUUUUGUCAGCGUUCUGGGACUUCUUCCACGUCGGCAGAUUGUGGUUGAGGCGCUGCAGGUCUGCUGCCUCCUCCUGCCUCCAGCCAACCGGCGAAAGCUGCAGCUGUUAAUGCGCCUGAUGACUAAAGCCUGCAACAAUCACCAUCUCCCUCCACUUAACGAUACCAUCGGAACACGCACCCUGAUGGUCCAGACUUUCUCACGCUGCAUUUUAUGUUCAUCUGAUGAAGUGGACCUGGAUGAGCUGCUGGCCACCAAACUCGUAAACUUCAUGAUGGACAACCAUGAGAACGUGCUGAAGGUCCCCACCGAGCUGCAGAGAUCUGUGCAGGAGCAUCUGUCCCACCUGCGCAGAGCUCAGAUAAAAUAUGCAGGUGCAGACACAGACUCUACGCUGGAAUCGCCAGCGCACACUUUCUGCAGACAAAUCAGCAAGCAGGAGUUUGAGGAGCAGAGAGUCACAGGCUCCCAGGGAGCGAUAGUUGAGCUACUAGAAGGGAUCAUUCAUGACAAGGCCAUGUCGAUAAAGGACAAGAAGAAGAAACUGAAUCAGUUCCAGAGAUCCUAUCCUGACAUCUACCGCAGACGCUUCCCUACACCUGAGAGCGAAGCUGCCAUUUUUCCCGAGAGGCCUCAGAAGCUCAAACCCCAGCUGACAUUCUUCACCCUGAAAAAGAAGUCGUUGCAGCCUUUCCAGAGGAGCUGGAGCUUCCGUGCUUGAACCAAAAAUACAGUUAGCUCAUCAUAAAGCUGGCAAAUACUGGGGGGAAAAAACUGUCUACAGACUCAGUUAUCAGCCUGUAGCUUCUGGGAAGUGUAGUAUUGUUAGAGCUGGAAUUGUUCUGUUUCAUCUCAGUGCAUGACUACUGGAAUAUUCCUGCUUUUAAUUACACUUGAAAAACUGACACUGGUUUAUGGAUUAUUUAAUUGAAUACGUCUCAUAUAGUCAUCACGAUAUCCAGUGAUGACUGCUUGAAGUCUUAUAUUUCAGAAGGCAUAUCACCGAACUUGUCUAGUCAAAGACUCUAACUCUUGAUAAAUAUUUAUGUGUGAUAGCUUCGGACGGCACAGCAGAGCCUGGUGUAAGAGUGCACGCGAGAUGAUGUUUGUAUCGGAUUGGUCAGCAACCGUAAUGGAAAACCCUGUUAACAUAUAAAUCGCAGUGGUGCCAAUAUAUAUGGUUUAGCUGUAGGAUUUAUCAUUUUUGACCCCUUGUGUUUUUGAGGUAUCGUAUCGUCCUACAUAUGUCAAACUAUAUAGCGGAUAAAAUUCAUCCGGCGGAAAUUCACUGAAGGGGAAAGGACGCGGGAUGCGAAAGACGGUUACUUUCGCUUCGUCUACAAGUGAACUUUGACCUGUGAAUUUUCAAGCUUCAGUCUUGUGAGCAAAUAGAAUAAAAAGAAGUGGGGGCUGUGGAGUCUUGCGAGGUAAAAAAAAAAGAAAAGGAGUAGCUGCUUAGUAGCGUCACACAGACGUGCUGUUUUCUUACUGUUGUUUGGAGCACAUCUGGAAAAGAAAUUAGCCGUCUUGUUCACUCGCAUACACUAGGAUUUUUCGAGGUGACGACGUUCUAUUUUAUUUCUCUCAUGCUGCUAGGAUUUUCUUAUCCGUAACGUUUCAGGUCAGUUCCAGGUCCAGCUGCUUGUCUCAUGUUUUGCUCGGCUCGCUGCGAGACAGAGGGCAAGGAAAGUAAUGAACAGUUGCACCGUAUCAGCCGUUGUCUUUCAUCUCAUAUUUUCAUCCUACAUACUUUUUCUUUAGACUUUUAUAUCCUUUUUUUUCUCCCUAUUUUUGUAUUGCAAGGUGUUAUAUAGUUUUUCAGACAAGUAAUUUUUAAAAAUUUUUUAUUUUUAUUAUCAUUGUAUUUAAAAGAUUUCAUAUUGGUUGUAUUUUUUUUGUCACAGUAUUAAUUUUUGUUACUUAACCAAGGUAGUAAUCAUUUUGGACUUUGUUUUUGGCUGCUUAUUUGUGAUCUGUUUUUGAAGUGUAUAUUUUACUGAAGUGAGUACAUACAUGAUGUUCUCAUUAAUCCCAAUAUGAAAGUGUAUUUCAUAGCGGAAAGGUCAUGCAAUCCUUCAAGUCUUGUUUGUUUGUUUGUUUGUUUGUAAAGAUUAAAUUACAUAUGGCUCUACUGUAUAUUUGUAUUUUUUCAGAUGCUGGAGUUAGUGUUACUGUCUGAAAUGUUGUACAGUGAUCACUGCUGUAAUAAAAAAAAAUGUAUAAAGAAAUGAUUUGCAUACGGAAGUAAUUUUGUUUGUUUGUUUUCCCCCACAAUUCCGUUUAUUCUUCUUCAGUUCAACCAGUUUG